UUUACUAUUUAGUCUAUUAAGCCGAUAUUUUACGGAAAUUUCCGAAUGUCGUCUCGUCGCUGGAUGGCUGUGGAAGUCACGUGGGAACCUCAAACAACUUUUCAUUGGUCAAUUUGAGCCUAGCGGGGAAUUCAACGACUGUCAAAGCUGAGAGAAAUUGAAAAAGGUCGAUUUGAAAAAUGUCUCAGUUUGCGAUCCACCAAGAUGUUGAGAACCAAGUUCCAAGGCGUGGAAAGGCUGCAAAUACAAGAACUGUGACUCAAGGGCAGAAGAGAGCCGUCCUUGGUGUAAUAACAAAUCAGGCGAAUCAGCCGAAUCGCGUUCAGCCUUCGAGAGCGGCAAAGCCAAAGGUCCCAGAGACGGUGCAAGAUGAAAAUGCAUUUGCAAAGAAAACUGGAAAAACCCAUGGCCAGACGGGACAAUUUUCAGUGUUUGUCGAUGAGCAAACCAAACCGGUUUCCAAGGCACCAAAAAGCACAGAACUUCCAUCAGUCCUCACUGCAGUACCUCACACAAGGCUUCCACUUGACCAAGAGCCUUGCUCUCCAGAAAUUAUUUGUCUGGAUGACUCUGUAGAGUCUCCUAUGGUGUUAGAUAUCCAAGAAGAUGAGAAAAAGCCAUUUGAUAGAGAAUCUGUGAUACUUACUGCCCCGGAGUAUGAAGAAGAUAUAUACUCAUAUCUCCGCGAAGCUGAGGCAAAAAAUCGUGCAAAACCAGGGUACAUGAAGAGACAACAAGACAUAACCUCCUCAAUGAGAAGCAUCUUGGUAGACUGGCUAGUGGAGGUCGCAGAGGAAUACAAGCUCCACAGAGAAACCCUGUUCCUCGCAGUCAACUACAUUGACAGAUUCCUCUCCAAAAUCUCGGUUCUCAGAGGCAAACUGCAACUGGUUGGAGCUGCAAGCAUGUUCCUUGCUGCGAAAUAUGAAGAGAUCUACCCCCCAGAUGUGACAGAGUUUGCCUACAUAACUGAUGACACAUAUGACAAGAAGCAGAUCCUUCGUAUGGAGCAUCUCAUUCUCAAGGUGUUAGCCUUUGAUGUGGCCAUCCCUACCACAAACUGGUUCUGUGAAUCUUUCCUCAAGUCAAUCGAUGCUGACGAAAAACUGAAGUCUCUAACUAUGUUCUUGUCUGAGCUGACACUGAUAGAGAUGGAUUCCUACCUAAAGUAUGUUCCCAGUAUCACUGCCUCAGCGUGCAUAUGCUUGGCCCGAUACUCCCUGGGCCUGGAACCAUGGCCCCAGAGCCUUGUGAAGAAGACUGGCUAUGAGGUUGGACACUUUGUGGACUGCCUCAAGGAACUGCACAAGACCUACCAGGCAGCAGAGUCCCACCCACAACAGGCAGUGCAGGAGAAAUACAAGCAGGACAAUAGUUUUCGGCUGAGAAGAACUGGUGGCUGAAUAAAAAGAAAAAAGGCUAUUUACUUGUUGAAAAAAGGUGAACAUCAUUAUAUUAAUUUUCUGAUCAUAAGUGGUAUUUUUAGUAAAUAGGGGAGGUACAUUUUCAAGAAAAACAAUAUAAUUAUUAAUGUUUGAAGUGCAUGUUAUCCAGUAUUAUUAUAGCACCAGUUUUGGUCUGAAAAAAACAAUACCAUUUUUUAAAGUUCAUAACCCCUUGUUGCUAAAAAAAAAUAAUGAAAAAUAGAAUUUUCAGAGUAGCCUAUUAAAAAAACUGAUAAAAUGUUUUAUUAGACCCUAGAUAUUAUCUCUGCACUUAGUUGUCUUAAUAACUUAUGUUUUAAAAAAAUUAUUGUUUCAUGCUACUCAUGGUACCAGUUUUUUGACAGAAAAUUUAUAAAAUUAUUUUAAAAUGCCAAAAAAAUCAUAAAAAAUACAAGAAAUCCACUAAAACAACAAGAAAAUGUCUUCCUAAACCUAAAAUACUUUUCCUGCAAGCAUUUUACAUCCAAUUAUUUAUGUUUGAAAAAAUCAUUGGUUCAUGUAACAUAGCUGCCGUGCGGCUUCAAAGCGCAGUAGGGGCAUAGCGUUUCACAAACACAGCUCUUUUCUUUUUAUGCCUCCAAAAUUUAUUUUGGGGGGAGCAUAUAGUCGCCGCUUCGUCUGCCCGUCCUUGCACAAUUUUUGUCCGGGCUAUUUCUCCGGAAUUGACCGGUAUUCAAUGAAACUUUAUGGGAAGCUUCACUACCAAGAGAUGUGCAUAUUAUCAGAUGUCCCUUGAGAUAUAACCUUCAUAUUUGGUAUGCAUGUUUAUAUGGACAAGGCCUUUACGUACGCACAAUUUUUUUACCCCUGUGACCUUCACCUUGAACUUAGGGUCCGCGUUUAUGUUUCGAAAUCUGCGUUAAGGUUUCGAAAAAUGCUCAUAACUUCUAUGUCCCUUGAGAUAUGACCUUCAAUUCAGACCUGUUUACUUCUACGGAUUCGCUGUAGUUACUACGGAUUAUUUGGCAAAACUACGCACUGGGAUUUGUACUAAAAAACUACAGAUCCUUAUCAAAAUGGUCACAUUUCAGUUUUUUAUCGUACUUUCGCAUAUUUUCAGUCUUUGGGGGUAAUUUAUCAAUCAUAAUCAUUUUGGCGCUUGCGUAGUAAGAAACGUUAAAAUUCAAGCCUCCCGGGGAACGAGUGCUGAUCGAGCUUGCGAGCUUGUCAAGUUGUCACGAAGAACAACUGACUUGCAUAUUGGUUCGCAAAUUUAGCCGAAUAUAUACGAUUUUACGUAGCUAUCCAGUAUACACAUCUCUCUCUAUUGCGGAUAAUACCGACGAUAGUCGAUGUAUCGGAUUGAGCACAUCUGUUUUUACACACGUCCAAGAUGGUGGCAAGCAGACGAAAAAUUGUGAUUAACGGCAAAAAUAAUAAAUACCAUUCAAACAACGGAUAUCAUAUGGUCAUUAGGGAAAAAUGUAAUGCGUGUGUCAAUUAACGCAAAAUACAACGUUUGAGAUAAAAAAUAAAAAUAAAUAUUUAUCAGAAAUCUACCAGUACUCACAAAGUUAAAUCAUUUAUAAUAAGAUGAGUAUUGUUUGAAAAUGGAAAGAGACAAACAGGAUUUGAUUUAUGUUAGUGGAUUUGUGUAUACUCAGAUUCAUAUGCAUAUUCUGCUUUAUUAUGUUUGUUACGCUGUACAAUUUAAUGAAAUAGCAUUGAAAUGAGGUUGCCAAGUGCAAGAUAUUGAAAGGUAAACAAAUAAAAUAUAUUAUUUUAACUCCAUCAAAUAAAUUAUUAAAUCAACAAGAACACUAAAGGGUGUUUGUCAAUAUUUGUUUGUUUUCCCCUUAUGAUAUUUAAUUUAAAAAAAUACUGAAUUAAAUUAACAGCUACUCUUAAAGAGCUUAUGAGCAAAUGGUGUAGUUAAGAAUCUAUAGAUUAAUAUGCAUGAGGAUGGAUAUAAACUUAAUAUUGUCUUCAUUGUAAGAAGACAUUAAAGCAGCACUUUAUAAUAUAAAAAUGCUGUCAAACAUGCACUUAAAAACAAUUUUAAUUUUGUUACUUAUCAUCGUAUUUAGAAUGCAUAAUGUUUCCCAAUUUCAUGGUUUAUCGCGAUAUUUUUCCCGAUUUCAUGGUUAAUCGCACUAAUUUUUCCAAUCCAAAUGGCACAGGCUGUAACAAAUAAAAGUAAAUAAAAUAUUUUUAAAGAUUAAAUGGUGAGCAAGUAAAUUCAUCUAAUGCUUUAUGUACCGUUAAACUGAUAUGUGACCCAGUCAUGGUGUUUAAAUGCUCAAAAUGUUAAAACUACUGACAACAGUAUAUUUGGUAUGCAUGUGUAUAUGGACAAAGCUUUUCCAUAAAUGUUGACCCCUAUGACCUUCACUUUGAAGUUUGGGUCUGCGUUUAGGUUUUGAAAUCUGCGUUUAGGUUUUGAAAAAUGCUCAUAACUUCUAUGUCCCUUGAGAUAUAACCUUCAUAUUUGGUAUGCAUGUGUAUACGGACAAGGCCUUUCCAUACGCACACAAAUUUUGAUCCCUGUGACCUUGCCCUUGAACUUAGGGCCGCGCUAAGGUUUCGAAAUCUGCGUUUAGGUUUCGAAAAAAGCUCAUAACUUCUAUCAAGCGUUUACAGUGUUUCUUUUAUGGCAAUUUCGGGCAGAUAUUCGGCCCCAUUCCGCUAAAAAAGAGUAUAUAUUUUUCCCCCAUUUUAUAACAAAAAAUCCCCUCCAUAAAUAAUUUUUUUUUUAUUUUUUUCUAGAAAGAACUGUUUCAUUUAAUUUAUAUGAUUUUUAAUUAUUAUAAAGUGACGUGUUAUAUUAAAUUAGAUUAGUUUUUUCCAAAUCAGUGGACUUUUCACAUGAAUUGCAUUUUUCUCCCAAAAUGGCCAGGAAAAGGCCUGAUGUAUCUAUAUUGUGUCAAUAUUUGUUGAUAACAACAUUCCAAUUUGGUCCAUUUUAUUGAUAAAAAAUGCUCAAAUUUGCCAUUUAAUCGAUUUAAAAAAACUCAAUUCGACUCAAAAUGGCUAAGAAAACUGAGACUGUGCAUGAAGGCUGAACUGUCUGAUACUAAUGUUGAAAAAAUCAUUGAUAUAUAUUUCAGAAAAAGGACAGAGACAUUCUGCUGUGAAUAUUAUAUUCAUACAAACAUGUGUAUUCAUAUAAUAAAUAUCACUACAUAUAAAAGAGUGAAUUUUUAAUUUUCCUCUUUGGACGGGCCCAGCCGCCAUUCCCCUAUAAGUGAAAAAAAACACUGGUUUAUAGGGGGCAUAAGUCAUCCAAUGGUGACAGCUCUUGUUUUUUUUAAAUAUUUAAUA